AUGCCACCAAUACGAUCUGAAUCGCUUCGAAAAUCGGCUGAACAAGAAGGCAGGGUCGAACUUGCUAUACAAGCCCUUAAAAAACGCGAAAUUCGUACUAUCACGGAAGCAGCGCGUCAAUUCGAUGUACCCCGUACCACGCUCCGCAACCGCGUCAGUGGCCGUGGUUAUCGCACAGCUACACGCGCUAACAGCCAUAAAUUGACCCAGAACGAAGAGGAUUCGCUUAAGCAGUGGAUAUUGAGCCUUGAUGCACGCGGUGCAGCACCCCGGCAUGAUAUGGUGCGUGAAAUGGCCAAUAUUCUCCUCUCUAAGCGCGGAGAUACCCAACCACAGUUGGUCGGCGUCAAUUGGGUCUACCACUUUGUGAAACGCUCCCCUGAGCUUUCAACCCGAUUUUCAAGGCGAUACGACUAUCAGCGAGCAUUGAAUGAAGACCCAAAGGCUAUACAACAAUGGUUUGACACAUUAUGGGAGGUAAAAACGGAAUAUGGAAUCUCGGAUGAUGAUAUCUACAAUUUUGACGAGACUGGAUUCGCAAUGGGACUUACCAGCACCUCUCGGGUGGUCACAAGAGCUGAAUAUUAUGGAAAACGCAAGCUUCUACAACCUGGCAAUCGAGAAUGGGUAACAGCCAUUGAAUGUAUUAGCCGUAACGACGCUCUUCCACCAGUUAUCAUCUUCAAAGGGAAAGUCUUCAUUCAAGGCUGGUUCUCUACGGCUCCGCCAGAGUGGCGAUUCCAUAUGAGCCCAAAUGGGUGGACUACCGAUCAAAUUAGCCUCGAUUGGCUGCAAAACCACUUCGUUCCGCAUAUACAAAAGCGCCAAGGUGGUGCCUGGAAGCUCUUGGUUAUGGAUGGGCAUGGAAGCCAUUUAACAGCUCAAUUUGAUGCUAUCUGCAAAGAAAACAAGAUUAUCCCGUUGUGUAUGCCUUCGCAUUCAUCUCAUCUUCUACAGCCUCUCGAUAUUGGCUGUUUUUCCACAAUCAAGAAGGCAUAUGGGCAGUAUAUCCAAUCAAAGCUUCGAUCUGGUAUACACUCAAUUGAUAAGCAUGAUUUCUUAAAUGCUUAUAUCCAGGCACGUCUUACAGCCUAUAAAACCGAUACAAUAUCGAACAGCUGGGUUGCUGCAGGGAUUAUUCCAUAUAAUCCAGAGCAGGUGCUCAAAAAUAUCACCAUACAGCUUCGAACACCAACCCCCCCUCUAGCCGUGGCAGUGAGGGCUAUGUGCCUCAUACUCCACAGAGGCCCAUUGAUAUUCAUCGCCAAACAUCUUCGAUCAAUACCCUACUACGGCAAAGAUCAAAAACACCCCCAGAAGCACUUUUGGACCAAAUACAGCAAAUGA